AGCAGUGGAGGCAGACCCAGAGCUGCUCCUGUUAGGAUAAACACCACGGUGGUUCAGCAGCAGCUUCUCUCUCCUCCUCGUCUCCUGCCGGGACCUGUCAGCGCUCACCUCGGCUGUGUGGAACAACAUUAUUAUGCUCGGACCGUCCGGAGUGUGGGAGCACCGUGUCAAGUGAGUUUCUUUGAAUCAUCUAUAUGGGCCAUCUUCUCUCGAAAAAUGGUUACCGUCUGAAGAAGAGGACUCGCAAGCUGCAUCCCAGGAAGAAGAAGAAGAGGAACUGUUUCCUGCAGGGGCCUUGCAUGCUCUGCUUCAUUGUCCACAGCAACAGCAGUGGUCUUGAAGAGGACAGUGACCAUUUGGAGGCCGCCGUCAACGGGUGCCGCCACAACAGCAUCACUGGAAUCAGCGUCCCUGGUGUUGGCGGAGUCAGCAUCGGAGCAGCAGCUGCUUCGAAGCUCGCCGAGCGAUACGCAACACUCUCGUCCCCAGAAGACUGCUCCAAGUUCCUGCUGUCACCGAGGGAGCUGGCUAUCUGGGAGGGCCAGGGGAAGAAUCUUUUAUCAGCCGUCCCUGCCAAGCUGAUUCCACCACCAGCGCUUUUCCGAACUGCUGGUGUGUCUGUGACAGUGCCAAUACCUGUGCCUGUGCCUGGCUGCACCAGCGACUACACCGAGAUGGUUUGCAAGAGGAAGUGCUCAGAGGUGCAGAGGUGCACCCCUUGCAAGCAGCCGCGCUGUGCCUUUGCUGCUCCUGACGGAGGACUGGAGAAUGGAGGGGUGGGAGGAGGUGGGGGGGAGGCUGCCCCGAACUCUGAAACUGGCCACUGCCACGUUCCCCUCUGUCCGCUUCCAUCUUCCUCCUCUGCAUCCUCAUCUGCCUCCUCUUCCUCCUCCUCACCCGCUGACGGCUGCUGUAGCUUGAGCCUUCAAGCAGACCUACUCCACAGUUCAGACUCCUCCCCCUGCUGCCUGCAGCAUUACGAUGACUGCCAGGGGAGAAGUUCAGAUGCUGCUGAUCACUUAAGUAUCAACCACCUGCCUUCCUCCAUCCUUCUAAAGGUGCUGUCCCACCUGACAGUGAAGGAGCGCUGUCUUUGUGCCUCUCUGGUUUGUAAGUACUGGAGGGACCUCUGUUUGGACUUUCAGUUCUGGAAGCAAAUUGACCUCAGUGGCCUACAACAAGUGAACGACGAUCUCCUGGUGAAAAUAGCUUCUCGCAGGCAGAAUGUGACAGAGAUUAACAUCUCGGAUUGCAGGGGCGUACACGACCACGGCGUGUCCUCCCUGGCCUCACACUGUCCAGGCCUGCAAAAGUAUACAGCUUACAGAUGCAAGCAGCUGGGCGAUGUCUCCCUGUCUGCUCUGGCAACACACUGCCCUCUCUUGGUCAAGGUGCAUGUGGGCAACCAGGACAAACUGACAGAUGCAGCACUGAAAAAGCUGGGAGAACACUGCAGUGAGCUGAAGGACAUCCACUUGGGUCAGUGCUACGGUGUCUCAGAUGAGGGCAUGAUGGCCUUGGCGAGAGGAUGUCCCAAACUACAGAGACUUUACUUGCAAGAGAACAAAAUGGUGACGGAUCAGUCCGUGCGGGCGGUGGCGGAGCACUGUCCCGAGCUGCAGUUCGUCGGCUUCAUGGGAUGCCCUGUGACCUCUCAGGGAGUCAUUCAUCUCACAGCUCUGCGGAACCUGAGUGUCCUGGAUCUGCGGCACAUCUCGGAGCUCAACAACGAGACGGUGAUGGAGGUGGUGAGGAAGUGUCGCAACCUCAGCUCCCUCAACCUCUGUCUCAACUGGAGCAUCAACGACAGGUGCGUGGAAAUCAUCGCCAAGGAGGGGAGAAGUCUGAAGGAGCUCUAUCUCGUGUCUUGUAAAAUCACAGACCACGCUCUGAUAGCCAUAGGCCAGUACAGCAGCACCAUAGAGACCGUGGACGCCGGCUGGUGUAAAGACAUCACAGACCAGGGAGCCACACAGAUUGCUCAGAGCAGCAAGUCCCUGCGCUACCUGGGCCUCAUGAGAUGUGACAAGGUGAACGAGGAGACGGUGGAGAGGCUGGUGGACCAGUACCCUCACAUUGUGUUCAGCACGGUGAUGCAGGACUGCAAGAGAACCCUGGAGAGAGCAUAUCAAAUGGGCUGGAGCCCCAACACAUCCAACGCUUCAUAGCCACUGCAGGAACACACACACGCACACACACACACACGCACACACACACACACAAGCACACACACACACACAGCUGCACCGAGGCCCCUUUUUCUACACAAACACAACAAGCGCAGCUCCGUCAUGUUUUGCUUCUCAUUUGCUAUUCAGACAUGCAUGAAACAACAAGAAAACAAAACAGAAAAAAAAAAAAAACUGGUUUUAUUUCAAACAGAUCUCCUAUUUUAGUACAGCGUUUUAUAACAAAGGGAGACGUCGUACACCUUACCGGUUUGAGGCUAUGUUCAAAAAACUGAAUCGUAGUUAUUUUCAUUGGCAAUAAGUCCGAAACCACUGAAACGACAUGGUGCAUUUUCUCCGACCAGAACCUUCAGACUUGUUUGACUUUGGCGCAAAAGCAGCACACUGAGUGUUUAUUGCCAUCUGUAGAGUGAAGCUAAGAGUAUUCGGCCUUCACCUCUCCAGUCCUCUGCAUAAUCGCGAGUGAUGCAAAGAUAAAGGAGAGCGUUAACUUUUCUUUAAUCUGUAUUCAAGAAAUGCAUCACUGAAUCAAGGACUUUCGGCAAACGGUCAGAAAUAUUUUUUGUUGAAAUGAGAUUUGAGAAGAAGAAGAAGAAAAAAAAAAAAAAAAGAAAGAAACUUUAACUGGAUGCUUUGAGGUUGUUCACAUCUUCCAGACUGAACGCAGAGUGAGAUACCGCACAAGCAGAGACUCGGACACAACUGAGACAGCGUUAUGUCCAGAAGGCGGCUGAACGACCGGGGCUUCAGGAGUUUGUGGUGUUUAUUUUGUGAGUUUGGGUCAUUGUUUCUGCAAUGUUCAGUGUUCAAGGCAUUCGUGGACGUGUAUCCGUGGUGAGAUUGUUGCGGAGGUUUCGGUGCGACGGACCGAGCGCCCUGCAGUGACUCAAUAUGCACAACAUCUGUCAGACAGAGAAAUGCUUCAGACCGGAAGCAGUCAAAGCUCUGCUCGGCGGAUGUCAGGAAAAUGGCAUUAAUCACAUUUUGAAGGUGCAUGUUUACAUUGAGAUCCUGAGGUGUUUUUUUGUUUUUUCGGCUGGAGCACUCGUGACGAGACGUUGAAAUUAACAUUCAUAUGACUCUGGAUCAAUGCUGCUUUAAUUGCCAUGCAUAGAUUUACUGUUGACUGAGCAUCACCUUGAGUCAUUACAGAACAAAACAAAAAGAGUGCUUGAAAUAGAAGUUGCCUUUUCCCCCCAAAAAAAAAUCCAGGGUUAUAUUUUUGGAAUAUAACUGCAACCACUUGGAUGGUUGGUUAGAGGAAGCAGUAAGCCUUAUGUGGUGAAUAAAUGCCAUCCUGUUAGCAGCCUGGAAUCAACCCAGAUUUUAAUAAAGAAAUAUUUAUCUUCUCUGAAUUUAUCUGAAUCCAUAUUCCAGUUAUUUGAUCUGAUAUAUACAUAUAUAUAAAUACAUACUGUGUGGGAUUUUCUUAGCCUAAUGUUGGUUUUUUUUAAAACAUAUACUUGUAACAUUAGCGAUGUAGCAAUGCCAUAAGCAAUUUAUCUUUCUUAGUGGUGUAGGAUGUAAAGUAAAGAA